UUGACAAGUAUAAAUUAAGUUAGAUUUUCUUUGAACAGUCCAGUUUUCGACAUCUGCUAGAACAAUGAACCGCAAUUCAAGAAUAUUAGUAUUUUGUCUUCUACUGGAUUUCUUUGCUACAAUAUGUAUUGCUCAGAUACAAAACUUGGGAGUGGUACCUUUAGCUGGUGUACCUGGUGGCGGAGGUAAUAAUAGAUUAAGUGCAAGUCUUGCUAUUGGAGUGGCAGAGAUGCCACCGAUGCAGUACGCGGUGCUUAACAACGCAGUCCAAAAUGUUGUGGGUCCUCAUGCAAGUCCGGAUAUGGCUCUUAUAGCUUAUGCAGCAAAUCAAGGCGGUCCACCGAGGACAGUACUUCAAAUCUUCGGAUAUAUCCCAUUCUUACAAAAUAUUGCCCGUAAAGUUGGACUUGGACCUGUUCCGGGCGAUGUCCAGAAUCACAAUGGGGCAACGAAUAUUAAUGACAUCAUUAUGCAGAGAUCAAUAAGGUGGAUGAGAACCAGGGGAGUAAUGAUGGCAGCAGGUGCGGUCGCUGUAUAAUACUCGUAUAUCAAAUGACUUGACUAUAAACAAUAAAAGAGAUAAUUUAAAGGUCUCCUAACUAUAUGUGCAAACAUGAAAAUACGUAAGGAAAUAAAUAAUCAAUAAAUUUGAAAUUUUCACUUUUUAUUUACAUUUAUUUCAAGUUAUUCAAAGGUACUGUAAAUAGAAUUUACAUGAAUUCUCUGAAAUACAACAUAUUACAUGUGUUUGUUCUGUUAUCUUAGUUGGUUAUCUAAAAGACAGCAGCUGUAAAAGCUCAGGUUUAUAACCUGUUACUACUCAUGACCUGUUAUGUUUGCAUAUAAUUCAGUUAUGAUAAUGUUUUCUUACUUAUUCGAAUUAAUUAUUAUGUUCAUUUGGCAAAGCGAUUUUUUAACAAUUUGUUAAGUAUUAAUAUAACAAGCAUGUUAUAUGUCUUGAAAUUUCUGAAAUUCGCAAUAAAGUUCCUUUAAGUAAAUCAAUAAGACCUUCCAGGAAGGACGCCAGAUAAUGUUGGUUUACUUGUUGGUCAAACACUUUUCUGUUUGCUAAAACAAAAUGAUGUGUAUGUUUUUAUACAUCAAGUACAGUUAUAAAUAAAAUA